ACUCAAUAGACCGAUUCUGUUGCUUUCGUUGUUGUCUAUUUGAUUCGCACAAGACACGGAUACUGGACCCAGUGUAAGAACUAGCCUUUGCAGGGACAGCCUGGCCUUCUGGCUUGUGGAGUGUCGCAGGCAUGGAGCAGCUGGAAAUACGUAUCAGUCUAUCAGUAUUUAUAGUGAUAUAUGCAUAUCAACUCCAGUUCGUGGGGAAAGUAAGCGCCACCUCGGAUGUAGUGGAUUCUGCGAUCCCUGAACCCUUGGAACUCCGCUACGCCGCUCCUCAAACUAUCGACUUCCUCAAUGACGUAUUCAGCCAUGGAGAUCCGUUGAAAGGAAAAUUCAGUCCCCGGAAUACAGUAUUUUACCGUGAAUAUUCAGGCACGACGGAAAUGAUUACUAAUUUCUAUUUGCGUCACGGUAAUGGUACACCAGGAUAUAGAUUUCCAACGUGCGCGAUAUCAGGCUCAUCGUAUUCCGUGCGACAAAGCGAGACUUGGAAAAGUUUCUAUCACCGGAGAGUGACGUUCAUCAACCCGCAUGCAACUGUGUAUGCCACAGAUCAAGUCAGCCGGGUGUAGCAUCCUCGCCAGAUAGACGGGCCUUAAUAUUCUACGGCUUUGGCAACUGCUCUAACAAAAUCGUGUACAAUGGAGACGGGAAAGCAUUGGCGGUCCAAUCAACUGGAGGAGAGAUGGUACCAUGGGCCUUCUAUCCUGCUCUUGUUACAGUUCCGAUAUCACCUUCGACGUUUACUCUCCUGUCGUAUGGUGGAUCACUGUGCAACGACCUCCGCAAUCCUGUUUGCCUUUCGUUUUCGGGAGAUAUCUGGAAGCUCUCCUUCACCAUACGGAACACAUCAAACAGUACAGUUAAUGCUGGUAGAUGGUCCAGGGCAAAAGUUAGUUCACCCAACGGCCGAACCCCCAUUCUCAGAUCCAAUCCAGCAAUGUUUCUCAUCGAUAAACAAUCACUGAUUGUGCUCUUCGGUGGCGUAGCAUUGCAUGGGAAUGAGACAAGCAAAGUGGAUCAAGAACUGCAUCUGUUGAGCGAUUUACGGACUUACAACACAGCCACAAAUGAAUGGAAAGAGCUCCAUCCCCAGGUUUUGCCUACAACUAUAUGUUCAUUGACGGACGAAAACCUCCGAAAUGUGUACAACAAACAACAAGCGGUGUAUGUGAAUGACUACCAGAGCAUGAUUAUUACCAGUCUCGACAACAUGCAAAUGAUUCGAAUAACAGCCUGCUCGUUUGUGCUGGGUGACGUUAAGAUACGCUGUACAGAUUUGGGUGUCGACAUGCCGCCUGUACAAGGAAAACCUGGCAGUGCGCCCUUUUACACAAUGGCCGCUGGAAAUUUCGAAUUUUACCUGAUGUUCUAUAACAUUGGAUCUACGAAUGACUUGCACAUGUUUUCACUUCGUCAAACGGCAAUAUCAAGUAUCGGUGAAAGAGAACUGAGCGUGCAUCCAAUAUAUCGUCAAGAUCUCAUGUGGCAAUUUCCAGGAUAUCGUAACUGUUAUUCCGCUGCGCCAGUCCAGAUGACAAUGGAGGGCAAUAGCCAUGUCAUGAUGUACAUUUUCCUUGGUGGAUGGUGUCCAGGCCACAGAUCAAGCCCAUCGAUUACAAAAUACCCGGAUCUUUCCCCAUUAGCGGUAUGGUUUUUGAUAGCUGGAUCUUACCAUUCCUAUUCCCUUAUCCCAACCGUGCAAAUGCUGCAGUUUGAACCAGGUCCUCGCCUCCCAAGGCGUAUGCGCCAUUCCGUUACACGGGUGGAGAAUACAGCGGUGCUAUUUGGCGGACGUCAAUACUAUCAGCCAUCCAUAUUUGAAUACAGCAAAAUAACUUGGUGUUUUCCUCUUAGCGCUAACCGCUUCCACUGGCAGGCCGCACGGCUCUCUAGCUCCCGGAGUGUCCCACAUCCACGGAGUCACCAUCUCUCCUGUUCCUAUACCUAUGCCAAUGUAUCCGGUGUUAUUAUUCUGGGAGGAGUUCACGGUGCGACAACCUUUCACGAUUUAUGGCUAUUGAACCUAACAGAUCCAAUGACUUGCACUGGCAACUGGAUGGAGCUGACGAGCAGAGUGGUCGGAGGAAGAAUUCCCUUUCGUCGAGGUUACUCUAUGACAAAAUAUGGACUGACGAAGGUCAUACUUUUUGGAGGACGAUCACCUGACGAUAUGAGUUCGAGAAGAAAUGGCCUUGAUGAUUUCGUAAGAACAUCAUAUCUUACUCUGCUGGAUUUUGCCUCCCUAAACACGAUAAGAUUGAAAACGAUCCCCUUACAAGAACCAGUCCCUUGUCGUCUAAGGCAUAGCCUUUCAACAUACACAGCCGACUCCUUUCUUCUUCUGGGAGGCUACUAUUUCCGCUCUGAGGGGCACGGAGAGCUUGCACGGGCCAACAUUUCCCAACUUUUAAGAAUCAACCAGGAUGAUUCCGUCAGCGUGAUUUCGUUUUUCAACUAUACGUCUGUUGAUCAUAGUGUUGUGCAGGACUAUAUUUUCUCUGGAUUUCAAAAAUACGUGCACCCGCGUCUGCUAAACAAUUUGGUAUUUUUGCGUCUGAAGCGAGACGAAUAUGGUCACAAAUAUUGCCCCGUAGGUCACGGAUGGACUGAAUGGUCAUGUAAACCAUGUGCAGAAGGCAAUUAUUCUUCAUCGAUCCUUGAGCCCUGUAAGGCUUGCCCGAGUGGCUUGACGAGCACAGUUUUGGGUGCGACUCAUUGCACCGCAAUCGAUCCUUGCACCGCAGAUUACUGCCACGGAAAAGGCCAUUGCUUUGUUGACCGGCAGAACAGGCCCUACUGCAAAUGCAACUUCGGCUACCUCCCGGAUGACAACUGCAAAACACCGACUGUCUACCUCUCUCAGAUGGCCGCCUUUGUCUUUGCGUCAGUUCUGGCCCUGUUAUUUGCCUUUCUCAUCAAGUUUUUACGAAAGCGGAGGGCAUUGCGCCGUACCGAGGAGCAACUACAGAUCAAACACCGUGACUUACGAAGGUCGGAGAGAAAACUGAAUGAGAUUAACAGAGGAGCUCAGCUACGCUGGACAGAUCUAACAAUCCGCAAGCAGCUCCCCUCAGGUACCUGCAGUAAAGUUUACGUGGCUGAUCUGAGUGACAUGGAGGUCGUAGCUAAGAAACUACCCCGCCACUACAGCCCUGCGAGGUGCCGUACUUCAUCCUAUGAUAUCUUUCUACAAGAGGCUGAGAUACUAAGAUCUCUGCGCCAUCCAAACAUUGUCCUCUUCCUCGGAGCGGGCCUGGACACGGUAGACGAGUGCCCUUUCUUGGUAAUGGAAUAUCUGCGUCGGGGAUCGCUGUACGACAAUCUUCACGACCCUACAGUUGUAAUUGAGCAAGUUGAUGAAUUGAGAUUCGGCCUGGAUAUCGCUCGUGGUAUGCGAUAUCUGCACAGCUCCAGUCCUCCCCAGAUUCACCGUGAUCUAAAGAGUCCAAAUCUACUGGUCAGUGACAAGUGGGUAGUGAAAAUAGGAGACUUGGAGUUUGCCAGGUAUCUUUCCCUUGUGCAAAGCGAUAACCAGCCCCGAUCACGCCUGCAGACAUCCAUCCGCCCUGAUCCAGGCACCAACAAGCCAACAUGUAGCGAAACUGUAAGGCCGACGAAGGAGCACAACAGCAAACCAGAAGCAGUCGCUUUGACUGCUGCCCCUCCCCGGCGUGGUAGUGCUUUUGGCUCGAACAACCGUAACAGUCUUACUGCUCCACUCCUACAAGACGAAGAAGGGUCUUCUCCUCAAGCUGAGACAGCAGCGUCAAACGCCAAUGAUCGCGGUUCAAUGUCAGAUGGAGAUGAAAGCAGCAAGAGAGCCUCUCAGCCGUGCACGGCUUCACAGCUGCCAACGCGUGUCGGCAUGACGUGUGGCGUUGGAACAGACAGAUGGCGACCUCCGGAGACACUGAGCAAGAACAGCUACACAGAGAAGUCGGAUGUGUACAGCUAUGGUGUAGUACUCUGGGAGAUCUGCACGCGCCAGCUUCCCUACGCACACUUGACCUGCUCGGAGCACAUCCAUCAAGAGAUCCUGGAUGGCAACACACCAGUCUUCCCACCAACGGCACACUACUAUUACCGCCACCUGGCCGAAACGUGCAUGAGCGACGCCCCACGUGACCGGCCAUCGUUCACUCAGAUCGUGCAGCAACUGGAGCGACUGCAGGUGGAAUCAGCUGUGAACAGGCAGAAGCGCGUGGCGAGGAAAGCAUUUCCUGCACACGAUUGAAAACCGAGAUCAACAUACACUUGGUGUGGCUGUAGUCCUCAUUGAAACGCCUAGGCUCUCGCGCAACAACCCUGCCAUAAUACGCUGUGCAUGAGAAUGUCGCAGGGGUGUCACCAUCCGUGCAUUGUACAGUCUAUACCAUCACUGUGCCUGUCCUGCAAGCAGAUAUAUUGAGUUACAGUCGCAAUACAAUGUACUCUUCGUAGACCCUGCCAGUGCACAGGCCAAGCAAAUCAUCACCCACAUAAUAAUUAUCGUGCAGAAAAGGUAGAAGGCGGUGGUGAGGUCCGUGCCUGUAGUGUGUGCCCUUGUGACACGUCCAAUACAACCUGACCAUGCCAUGACCUCUGCUUCUGUUAUAAAUUUCAUUGCUACCAAUUCACAUUGAGACAAAAGACAACCCACUGCUCCUAUGUAUUACUUUCCUAUAUGCUCUUAUCACAAAAUGCAUCAGAUGUUCUGAAGUCAUACCUGUAGCAUUGUUUCACACGAUUUUGGUUUCACUGCGCUAGCCUGAACAUACACGUAUCUCUGCCUCUCCAUCACGUGACUGGUUGGAAAACUAUUUUGUCUACACGUACAGUAGUUGUACGUGUUCGUCUCCUACUGGUAUCCUUCUCGAAAUUCAUGGCCACACAUUAUAUCUCAAAUUUUUAUUCAAAAUACGUUUAGCUCUAAAAGUUGCUGCAUUUAACAUUAUCCAUUAUUCCCUGUACUUACCCAUGAUGGGAAGGGAACGAAAACGUUCGGUUCCUAAAUUGGUUUAACUUGACUGUGUGGAGUGCGUCGCUGUUGACACUUCUUUCGAAAUUGGAUGCGCCUCCAAUUUUGUCCCAGAAUGUUAAACUUCCUGCUUCGUGUCACCAUCGUCAGCUUGCCUAUGAAAAAAGAUGAUACGGUAGGCACAAAGGCGUUCGGUGGUGCAUCAUGAUACCCUAGCUACUACCAUCACCAAUUGUGUGCUUUCCAAUGUGAAUAGCU